CAGUCCAGAGCCGCCGGGCCCGGGACCCGCUCGUGCGAGCGCGCAGAGCUCUCGGCCGGACUGAGGACGCCGCCCGCCCCGGCCGCCCGUGUGCUCGCCUUCCACGUCCGCUAGGCCUACCGCCCCGGCCCCGCGCCGCGCCUCCCCGGCGUCCGAGCGCACAGCUCCCGCCCCGGGAGCCUCCGGCCGGCCGGACCCCGCCGCCCCGCCGCCGGCGCGCUCAGCGCCCUGCUCGCCGGGCACCGGGAGGGCGGUGUCGGCUGAGGAUGGGCGGCCCGGCGGCGCGGAGGGGCGCCGGGGGGCUCCGCGCGCUGCUCCUGGCGCUGGUGGCCGCGGGGACCCCCGCGGGCGCCUACAACCUGGACCCGCAGCGCCCCGUGCGCUUCCAGGGCACCGCCGGCUCCUUCUUCGGGUACGCGGUGCUGGAACACGUCCACGACAACACGCGCUGGAUCCUUGUGGGCGCACCGAAGGCCGAGUCCAAGUACAGCACGUCCGUGAAGUCCCCGGGGGCUGUGUUUAAGUGCCGCAUCCAUACCAACCCUGACCGGAGGUGCACUGAGCUGGAUAUGGCUCGAGGGAACCAUCGAGGAAUGUCCUGCGGAAAGACCUGCCGGGAAGACCGGGAUGAUGAGUGGAUGGGGGUGAGCCUGGCCCGGCAGCCCAAGGCUGAUGGCCGAAUUCUGGCCUGUGCCCACCGCUGGAAGAACAUCUUCUACGAAACAGACCACAUCCUGCCCCACGGCUUCUGUUACAUCAUCCCGUCCAACCUCCAGGCCAAAGGCAGGACGCUGAUCCCUUGCUAUGAAGAGUAUAAGAAGAAGUACGGAGAAGAACACGGCUCCUGCCAGGCUGGCAUCGCGGGCUUCUUCACCGAGGAGCUGGUGGUGAUGGGUGCCCCGGGUUCGUUUUAUUGGGCCGGGACGGUCAAGGUGCUGAACCUGACGGACAACACAUACUUCAAGCUGAACGACGAAGCGAUCAUGAACAGGCGGUACACUUACCUGGGCUAUGCAGUCACUGCCGGCCACUUCUCUCAUCAGUCCACCACCGAUGUGGUAGGAGGCGCCCCCCAGGAUGAAGGCAUUGGAAAGGUUUAUAUUUUUAGAGCUGACCGAAGAUCAGGCACCUUAAUUAAGAUUUUUCAGGCAUCAGGUAAAAAGAUGGGCUCUUACUUCGGCUCCUCCUUAUGCGCAGUUGACCUGAACGCGGACGGCCUCUCCGACCUGCUGGUGGGGGCCCCCAUGUUUUCUGAGGUCAGGGACGAGGGGCAGGUCACCGUCUACAUCAACAGAGGAAAUGGCGCCCUGGAGGAGCAGCUGGCCCUGAGCGGGGAUGGCGCCUACAACGCACACUUUGGGGAGAGCAUCGCCAGCUUGGGGGACCUUGACGACGACGGGUUCCCAGACGUGGCCAUCGGCGCGCCCAUGGAGGACGACUUCUCGGGCGCCGUCUACAUCUACCACGGGGACGCCGGCGGCAUCGUCCCUCAGUACUCAAUGAAACUGUCCGGGCGGAAGAUAAGCCCCGUGCUGCGGAUGUUCGGGCAGUCCAUGUCAGGAGGCAUUGACAUGGAUGGGAACGGCUAUCCCGAUGUAACUGUUGGAGCCUUCAUGUCCGACAGCGUGGUUCUUCUAAGGGCCAGACCGGUCAUCACAGUGGACGUCUCCAUCUUCCUCCCCGUCUCCAUCAACAUCACGGCGCCCCAGUGUCGCGACGGACAGCAGCCCGUGAACUGCCUGAAUGUCACCGCCUGCUUUCGCUUCCGCGGCAGGCACGUGCCCGGAGAAAUCGGCCUGAAUUACAUUCUGACGGCAGAUGUGGCCAAAAAGGAAAAGAGCCAGCCGCCCCGGGUCUACUUUGUGCUGCUGGGAGAGACCGUGGGCCAGGUCUCGGAGAAGCUGCAUCUGGUGCACAUGGAGGAGACGUGCCAUCACUACGUGGCGCACGUGAAGCGGAGGGUGCAGGACGUCAUCAGCCCCAUCGUGUUCGAAGCCGCCUACAGCCUGGGGCAGCAUGUGACCGGAGAGGAGGAGCGGGAACUGCCGGCUCUGACCCCCGUGCUCCGCUGGAAGAAGGGACAAAAGAUCGCCCAGAAGAACCAGACUGUUUUUGAAAGGAACUGUCGUUCCGAGGACUGUGCCGCUGACCUGCAGCUUCAGGGUCAAUUGUUGCUGUCCAGCAUUGAUGAGAAAACCCCAUAUCUGGCUUUGGGGGCUGUGAAGAAUAUCUCCAUAAACAUCUCCAUCUCCAACCUCGGCGACGAUGCCUACGAUGCCAACGUGUCCUUCAAUGUUUCCCGGGAGCUCUUCUUCAUCAACAUGUGGCAGAAGGAGGAAAUGGGCAUUUCCUGUGAACUGCUGGAAUCGGACUUCCUCAAAUGCAGCGUGGGAUUCCCUUUCAUGAGGUCCAAGUCGAAGUAUGAAUUCAGUGUGAUCUUCGAUACAAGCCAUCUGUCUGGAGAAGAAGAAGUUCUCAGCUUCAUCAUUACUGCUCAGAGCGGCAACACAGAGCGCUCCGAGUCCCUGCACGACAACACCCUCACGCUGACGGUGCCGCUGAUGCACGAAGUGGACACGUCCAUCACGGGAAUCAUGUCUCCAACCUCCUUUGUGUACGGCGAGUCUGUGGCCGCGGCCAACUUCAUUCAGCUGGAGGACCUGCUGUGUCACUUCCAGCCCCUCAACGUCACCCUUCAGGUCUAUAACACUGGGCCGAGCACCCUUCCCGGGGCAUCUGUCAGCAUCUCUUUCCCUAAUCGACUGUCACCUGGAGGCGCAGAGAUGUUCCACAUCCAGGAGGUGGUGGUGGGCCAGGAGAAGGGGAACUGUUCCUUCCAGAAGAACCCGACCCCCUGCAUCAUCCCUCAAGAACAAGAAAACAUCUUCCACACCAUCUUUGCUUUCUUCACCAAGUCUGGAAGAAAAGUCUUGGACUGUGAAAAACCAGGAAUCCCCUGCCUGACGAUGCACUGUAACCUGAGUGCCCUUGCUAAAGAAGAAAGCCGGGCUAUCGACAUCUACAUGCUGCUGAACACAGAGAUACUGAAGAAGGACAGUUCGUCUGUCAUCCAGUUCAUGACCCGGGCCAAGGUGAAAGCGGACCCCGCCCUGAGGGUGGUGGAGAUCGCCAACGGGAACCCAGAGGAGAUGACGGUGGUGUUCGAGGCCUUGCACAACAUGGAGCCCCGUGGCUACGUCGUGGGGUGGAUCAUCGCCAUCAGUUUGCUGGUGGGGAUCCUCAUCUUCCUGCUGCUGGCCGUGCUGCUCUGGAAGAUGGGCUUCUUUCGCCGAAGGUACAAAGAAAUUAUUGAAGCCGAGAAGAACCGGAAAGAGAAUGAAGACAAUUGGGACUGGGUCCAGAAAAACCAGUGACCUGCCCCACCAGUCACAUGACCCACUCAUGUCACCUGUCGUCCUUGACCUUUGUAUCUUCCAUAUUUGGAAGAAAGAAUGUUCUCCAGAUUUUUCGGAGGCCCACUGAUGCUGUUCUCAUCUUCAUUCUAUCCAGCCCAGGUGCCAGCCUGAGGCCGCCACUUCGGCCAGGUCACAUGACUGGAGCCCACCACUUCCUUUUUAAAGAUGAACUCUGAACUUUGGAAAGCAAGCUACAGAGCCGAGCAAUAUUUAUGGAUGCAACGUGCGUGGUCAACCCUCAGGGGAAAACUGUUACCUAAAAGUAUUUUUAUAAAUAUAAGCCUUUUAUACUGAUUAUGUCUUUAUAUUUGUAUCAAUGUUUUAUUAUUUCUAUUAAAUAGUUAUAUAAUUCA